GCAUACAGAUGCGUAAACUAAUUACACAACUCAACAACCAUAAAACCAAAGCCUCAAAGUCAAUCAUAUCAAAGUUUCCAAAAAUCUUCUCUCUUGAUCAAUGGCUUCUUCUGCUGCUAUGUCUCUCGAAUCCAUCUCUAUGCCAAAUCUCAACAAUCUCUCCCGUAACAACCAUCACUUUAAUCGCAGAUCUCUUCUGGGUUUCUCCAGAUCUUUCCAAAACCUUGGAAUCUCAUCUAACGGUCCAGAUUUCUUCUCCCGAUCGAGAUCUACUACCAAGAACCUCAACGUUACUCGAGCCUUCUUCUGGAACUGGGGCAAGAAGUCUGAACUCUCCAGACCAAACAAGAUCCAAGAAUUGAACGUGUACGAGCUAAACGAAGGAGAUAGAAACAGUCCAGCAGUUCUUAAACUCGGCAAGAAACCAACAGAGCUCUGUCUCGGCGAUCUUGUACCAUUCACAAACAAACUCUACACUGGCGAUCUCAAGAAACGCGUGGGGAUCACGGCAGGUCUCUGCGUUUUGAUCCAACACGUUCCUGAAAAGAGCGGCGACAGAUUCGAAGCGUCUUAUAGCUUCUACUUCGGUGACUAUGGCCACUUGUCCGUACAAGGACCGUACUUGACUUACGAGGACACGUUCCUAGCCAUCACUGGUGGCUCCGGAAUCUUUGAAGGUGCGUAUGGACAAGUUAAGCUUCAACAGCUUGUGUACCCGACGAAACUGUUCUACACUUUUUACCUUAAGGGUAUUGCUAAUGAUUUGCCGUUGGAGCUUACCGGAACGGCGGUUACGCCGUCGAAGGAUGUGAAACCGUCGCCCGAAGCUAAGGCGACGGAGCCAGGAGCAACAAUAAGUAACUUUACUAAUUAAUUCAGUUAGUAACGUGUUUUUGUCGUGGCGGUUUGAUUAUUGUAUUUUUCCUUUUUUAAUAAGGUAUGGUUGGUAAUCGAAUCUUUUCAUGAGACUUUGAGUUGUAUGAGUUUAGUUAACGUGUUGAGGGAAUAAAAUAAAAUUUAGACGUGACUUUUGUA